UUUUUUUUCUCAUUUGAAAGGAUAAUCCAAACGCCAUUUGAAAACAAAAAGGUUUUCUUCUCUCUUCUCUCUUCUCUUUCUCUUUCUACACCUCUUCCUUUUUUUUUCUAUCUUUUUCAACACUUUACACCCUCUUCUUUAGAAAAAAGAUAUAUUAUAGACAAUGUCUGAUGCUGGAGGUUAUUUAUCUGAUGGUGAAGGAGCAGGAUUAAAAUCUAUUGCUGAAUUCAAUCGGUUUCUUGCCAAUGCCGAACCUCAAUUUACUUUGGAUCGCCUCAACAAAUUAAUCAACACGACAAAUCAGGAUUUAUUGAUCCAUAUCGGCAAAUCACGAUUUGUUGCAAAGAGACUGCAAAAAACUAUUGUUCGAUGCAAAGAUCCAUGGCAACCCGAGAUCAUCAAGCGCAUCCUCAUGGUGUUGAAUUAUAUUCCUUUCGAAUUAUCCAAUUUGAUUGAGAACGAAUUAGGUCACGCUGUCAAGGAUAUAAAAAAGACUGCCAUGACAUUCAAUGAUGAACAAUUAGUGCACGAAACCACCAAUUUGAUUAAAACUUGGAAAGAUAUGCAAUCUAAGCAACUCGGCGGAAAAAGAGACAGUCCUGAAAGAUCCUCUUCGGAUUCUCCUCCAGCAACGGAACAAAAGAAAAUAAGAUUGGCUAUCCAAAAAGAUCCUCCGGCUGCAAGACCCAAAGCCAUGACGGAUCCGAAUUUUUUUACUUCUUCGCUUGCGUCGGAUGUAAAGUAUCGUACUGUCCGUCCUGUCUACAGCGUUGGCCCCAAUAAAGAAGAGACUGUGGCUGCUACUACUUCUACUUCUACUGCUGCUGCUGCUGCUACAACAACCACAACUAAGCGACCUGCAAAGAAAUCAGUUACUUUUGCUGAGAAUUUGUUUGAGAUUAGAGAAUAUGAGAAAAACCCAGAAGAAUGGACGAGUUUUGAUACCGCACCAAAGGAAGAGCCUUAUUACAAUAUUCCUACCGUGACUUGGUACCAACCUUUGGAACUUAGUUUCAACACGGAUGAGAACCCUAAUCUGGUGAUUCAUAAACAAGUGCGUACACCUGAAACCGCCUCUCAAGACAGUCGAGAGAAAGUGGCUCUUGCAGCGAUUUAUACCAGUGCUCAACAUAUUCCAUCUUCUCCUGGUGAGCCCGAUGAAGUGCCCGAUCCAAACAACGAUACAAAACUCAUUCCUUUGGUCGAUGUUAAUCAACAUGUUCACCAUAAUACAAUUCAUCCUGAUAUGAUGACACCGGAGAAUUUAAAUGCCGCUGCUGCCAUUGCGGCUGCCAUGAAGGAUCCUUUACCACAACAGUAUCAAUCCCCACCUCCUCCUCCACCACCCAUGAAUCCCGUACAACGUGUUGCUACAAACACAUCUUUACCGGAAAUAUCAAGUCAUACAGUAGAAGCCAUGUUAAAGAAUAAUCCAGGCAUUAUGCAAUCUUUAAAGCAACUGUCAUUUUUAGCAGCAGGUAAUACUACAUCUAUGCCAACACCCACCUAUCAACCCAACACGUAUCAACCCAUUCAUCAACCUCAAAACUAUUCAAACGAAGGAUAUGCUCGUGAAACUCAUCAUAAAAAUCGUCCAUCGUCACAAAAGAAUCGAGGUAGAGGAGCACAAGGAAGAGGUCGAGGCGGUGGUAAUUCGACUCACCGCGCCGGUGGUGGUGGUGGUGGUGGUGGUCCUAUGCGUGUCGGUGCUCGUACAUGUAACUAUUAUGCGUCGCCUGAAGGUUGUCGCAAUGGUACGAAUUGUCCCUUUUCCCAUGACAACUAGAAAUAAACCCCCCUCCCCCUCCUUUAUUUUUUUUUCUCCCACCCUCAUCCCCCCAUUGUAUUAAAAAACGAAAAUCUCACUCCACCCUAUCUAAUAAUUAAAUAAAUAAAAAAAAUUGCGUUUCUUUU